AUGAAGAGACCGCCAUGCUGCGACAAGUCGAACGUGAAGAGAGGCCUUUGGACGCCCGAAGAAGAUGCCAAGAUACUCGCAUACGUAUCGACUUACGGGACUGGCAACUGGACUUUGGUCCCUGAGAAAGCUGGGUUAAACAGAUGUGGAAAGAGCUGUAGGCUUCGGUGGACCAAUUACCUGAGGCCUGACCUUAAGCAUGAUGGCUUUUCCCCUGAAGAAGAAGAUCUCAUCAUCAACCUCCACAAAAUCUUUGGCAGCAGAUGGUCUCUAAUUGCAAAACAUCUGCCCGGAAGAACAGACAACGAUGUCAAGAACUACUGGAACACCAAGCUCAAGAAGAAGCUCCAAAAGAUGGGAAUCGAUCCUUUAACCCACAAGCCUUUCUCUCAGAUCUUCUCAGACUUUGAGAACAUGAGCGGCUGCCCAAACGCCAGACAUCGCCAAAUCUUGCCCGCGCCAUCGUGUUUGACUCAGGUCCCUGCAGGCUCCAAUUCUCACUUGGAUGCGAUCAUGAAGCCCGUGAUGGAGCAAGUUCAUGAGAAUUUCACUGCCGAAAAUCACCUCUCUUGGUCUCAGUACCAGGUGGCGAACCAAGAUGUUAUGCAGCUGCAACCAUAUCAAUGUGUAUUGAGCGAGGUCACGUCUUCUUGUUCCUCGUCAUCCUCUCCUACUCUGACACGAUUUAACACGCAACAAUCGGAUGGUCCACCGCUUCCUCCUCCCUUUGUUGCCUGGACUGGCGAUUCGAUUUCGCAUCAGCCAUUUCCCACUGGCAAUGUAUUGCCGAAGCGCGAAGGAGACUUGCAGGAUAUAGUGUCUUCAUCGUCCAUCAACUGUGCGAGCGAUAUGGCAAAACAAGCGCUCCCCAACACCCCUGUCGGCACAAUGGCUUGUAAAAACGAAGCCAAAUGGGCCGAACCCGGAGAUUCGUGCGAGGGAGCGCUAGAACUGGAUUGCCAUUUCGGAGACGGUUCGUACUCUUGUUUCGGCUCUUUCACGGACGCCAUCUUGGACAAGGACAGCAAGAUGAGGUCGGAGUUAUUUCCAGAAUUUAUAGAUGGACUUCUAGAUUACUGA